GCAGCAACACUAAAGGAGACUAAAACAGAAAGGUUGGUAGCCGCGGGGAUGAGUCGGAUCGCGCUCGUCGUCGGCUUGUUGGCGUGGGGCGUGCUCGCAGCCUGCGCCGCCAGCAAGGACGGCUUCAACCUGUACAAAGAUUUGCUUCGGGGAAAAAUAGACGCUGAUGAGCCACCCGAAGAAAACGAAAAUUCACCAAAACUUGUUUAUUUUUUCCGCACACCUGUCUCGAAAGAAAAUGAGGGUCAAGCUGGCAGCCCCUUCGCGCCUGGGCCCGAGGACUACCUGGGCGAGCCGUGGAGCAAGAGGGGGCCCGGCUCGGUGCUGACCUGGGUGCUGUCGUCCAGGCAGCUGGGGGUGCGACCGGACCUCCGGCAAGCACUCCUGGUGAACAUCGCUGCAGAUUAA